UUUCACUAAAAUCAUGAAUAUGGAAAAUAAAAAAAAACGAAAUAAAAAUAUAUGGAAGUUUUGGCAACAAAGAAGAUAUAUUUUGACUUUUAUGUUAAUGUUGGGUCAAGCCAUAAUGUUUACCAUAAGGGUGAAUAUGUCUAUUGCGAUUAUUCCUAUGACUACUAAUUUUACAAAUGACAAAAAUGCACUGAAGCAAGGGGCGGCUUUCGAGUGGAACCCUAAAGAACAAGGAAUAAUUUUAAGUUCUUUUUUUUAUGGAUCCGUUGUAACUCAAUUGCCUGGCGGAGUAUUAUCAAAACGCUUUAAUGGAGUAAAAUUAUACGGAGCUGCAAUAUGUGUAGCUUCGUUUCUUUCUGUCUGCACCCCACUGGCACAAGGCUUUUACUCAAUGGUCAUAGUUAGAACAUUACAAGGUCUUUUUUUGGGAGUGACAUUUCCCACGCAAAUGAGUAUUAUUUCUCAAUGGGCUCCCAGUGACGAGCGAGCUCGUAUGACAAUGUUUUCUAACUCUGGAUUAUAUUUUGGAACGGUAGUGGCGUUACAGUUUUCAGGGAUUAUAAGUAGAUGGAUGGGAUGGACAAGCGUUUUCUACAUUUUUGGGGUAAUAGGUUUAAUCUGGUAUGCCAUUUGGUUAAAAAUCAUAAGAGAAUCUCCGGAAAAAGACAGAAGAAUUACAGCAGAAGAAAAGCAAUUGAUAUUAAGUAGUAUUGGUGAUCGAAUAACACGAAAUAUUCACAUUCCAUGGUUGCAAAUUCUAACAUCUGUUCCAGUAUGGGCUCUUAUUGUAGCGCAUUUUACUCAUUGUUGGCUUGCUUAUACAUUGUUGGCACAUAUGCCGCGAUUUUUUUCGCAAAUAUUAAAUUUACAAAUUAGCGAAAUUGGAUUUGUCUCCUCCCUUCCAUACCUUGUUAAUGGAUGUUUGAGUUCUUUUUCAGGUCUAUUGGCGGAUAAAUUGUUGUCAAAAAAAGUUUUGACUCUUGUCCAAACUAGGAAACUUUUCACAUGUGGAUCAUUUUUAAUGCAAUCGAUUCUUUUAUUUUGCAUAACAAUGUUCAUGGGUUCAUGGUCCAAUGUUGUGUUUUUGAUAACAACAGUUUGUUUUUCUAAUCUUGUCAUGACUGGAUUUUGGAUCAAUUUUAUUGAUAUCGCACCGCAAUUUUCAGGUAUACUGUUUGCAAUUUCAAAUACAAUAGCGACUGUAAGUGGCAUCAUUUCACCAACAUUAACGGGAAUUUUAAUUCAAAAUGAGAAUAUUGAAGAUUGGAAAAAAGUUUUUUUGAUCUCAGCUGCAGUUUGUUUAUUUGGUAGUAUUUUUUAUGGAAUAACAGCAUCUGGAGUUGUGCAACCAUGGGCAAAGGUCCAAAGCCAAGAUGAAACUCUCGACAAAAUCAAUAGUCGUAAAAACAGCAGUGCUAUUACACCAGACGUUUGAAUUAGUAUUCCAUAAAAUAGGUGUAUACAUUUGAUUCAACUUGAUAGCAACAUUCACAAACUUAAUAAUACGUACUUUCGUAUGACGAAACACACUUCUUAUCAUACGCCUAGCCUUAUCGAAAAACAAAUUACGAUCAUUCAAAUACAACUGAAAUUUCAAGAUGUUUAAACGUGUGUGCUUGAAAAAAUAAAAAAAGUAUGAAUAUUUAGUUUUUAUUAUUACUUAAUUACCACUGUGGGUAACUUCGAAAUAAUAGGCAAAAUAUUGUAAAUUGUAAUUAAAUUUAAUUAAAUAAAUAAUAAUAAUAAUUAACUUCACAAAAAUGAUACACAAAAAAAGUUCUUCCAUGUUUUUAAAAACAAUUGAAGAUACACUACGACAGAGAACAUCCAUAGACCAAAUAUUUGUUGUAUCAAUAUUCGAUGACAGUCGUAGUAUUGCUGUUCCAGCUGUAGUUAUGAAACUUCCAAAACCAAGCCACUUAAGUGAAAUCAAAAUAGUUGAAAUUACGGAUGAGAUCUGUGAAGAAAAUAAAUUAUCAGGAGGAGUUUUCUUUGUGGAAGAAAUUCCUGUUUCUUCUGAUGGACAUUUUGACAGAGAAAAAAUUCAAGAUUUGGUCAACAGUUUUCAUAAGGAUCAUAUUAAAAAUUUUAGAAAAAAACCUUUCCAAAUUCUUAAUUAAUGUGUAUUUCACCUACCAUCAUUUCUUCAUACCUAUCCUUAUCUAAAUUGUAAGACAAACUUUCAAAUUGUAAAGAAAAAUGCAUCUGUUUCAAAUUCUAUUGAUUUUAUUAAUUUUUCAUACUUUUUCAACUUGUAUUUUUUCAACACUCUCUGAACAAUACAUUUUCAUCACAUGUCAAAAUAAGUAGAAUAAAAUUCGUAUCAAUAAAACACUUUUCAUAAAUAAAAUACAUGUCACACUACUCUAAAAUUCUAAAAAAUAAUUAUAAAAUUACAAAUAUACUCCAAUUUAUAUUCUUGAACCUUCCAAAAACCUUUCCCGAUACUUCCGCUGGUCAUUCGUUAAACCGU